AUGACAUCCUCCACGCCCUCCCGACCAGCCCCUGAAAAGGUUGCUUACCAAGGUGCUCCACUGCCAAACGUUGCAGAUGACCUCGUGGUGCAUAACACCUUGCAGCUCGACUUCGAAGAGAAACUGUGGGUUCCUCAGACGAAAGAUGUUUGGUUUCGCCCCUUGCUUUUCAAUGUCAGCCAAGGCUACUUCGUCAAUCUUUUGCGAGUUCGGAAAAGCGGUAUCUUGUCACGUCAUAGGCAUGCUGGCCCUGUGCACGCUACCGUAUUGAAGGGCCGAUGGCACUACCUCGAGCAUGAUUGGUGGGCCGAGGAGGGCAGCUAUGCUUUCGAGCCUCCUGGAGAUAUUCAUACCUUGGAAGUACCUGAGGGAGUUGAAGAGAUGAUUACUCUUUUUCAUGUAACCGGAGCAUACAUCUAUGUUGAUCAGGCUGGAAACCCCGAGGCAAUUGAAGAUGUUUUUAGCAAGCUUGAGCUUGCUAAAGUACAUUAUAAGGCGGUCGGGCUAGGCGAGGAUUUUGUUGAUCAAUUUAUACAUUAUGGCAUUUCUGUUGCUGCGGACUUCAAUGUCAACAUCUGA